AUGGGUCGCAUUUACAGGUACGUUGGGGAGCACACUUAUGGUGUUGAACAUAUUAGGAGCGUUCAUAAGCAUGCCUCGUCACAUGUCAUUGCAUCAGUCUUGAUGAAUGACUAUACUGAAAACAAAGGGCCAUCGACAAAGGAAAUCCAGAGGACGGUUUUCAGGGAGUUACAUUAUAAACCGAGCUACUGGAAGUGUUGGAAGGCUAGUAUAAUUGCUAAGAACUGGGUUAGGGGGACACUAGAGCACGGGUAUGGUUGCUUACCAGCUUAUUCUUACAUGGUUAAGAGUCUAAAUCCGGGUUCUAGAAUUUGCAUCAGGCUUUCAGAUGCCAACAGGUUUUUAUAUUACUUCGUGUCUUAUGCAGCUUGCAUUCGAGGAUAUACCCACAUGAGAAAAUUUAUUGUCAUUGAUGGCACACUUUUAUACGACAAGUACAAGGGUGUCUUGUUGUCUGUCGUCGCACAGGAUACUGAGAACCAUGUCUAUCCUAUUGCAUUUUGCGUUGUGGACAAAGAGCGUGAUGAUUCUUGGACCUACUUCUUCCAGCAGCUCAAGUUUAUAAUCGCCGAUGAACCAGAUUUUUGCAUCAUCUCUCAUAGACACGAGAGCAUAGCCAACGGUAUUUCCAGGACGUAUAAGCAUGCUCACCAUGAACUUUGCAUGAAGCAUCUUUCUGAAAACCUCCGAAAGAAUGUCCAAUGUGGAGAUUCUCUUCAUGCAUACUUUAAUGCACAAUUCAAGGAUACAAGCCCUGAAGCAGCUCAGUGCCUUGAGUUUGAGAUUGGAUUUGAAAAGUGGAGCAGGGCACAUUUUCCAGCCAACAGGCAGAGGUGUGCAGAUAUCGGCAAUUCAAAUAAUAUAUUUGUGCCUUCGAUUGAAAUAACGUUAAGGGAAAAGAUGACUGAGAGCGAUUCCUUAUUUGUCAGCAAUAUAAAUGGGGAUGCCGAUGAGUUCACCGUUAUCGGCAGUGGCAGAACUGCCAAAGUCAAUCUACUGAAUAAAACAUGUUCUUGUAGAGAGUAUGACUUGGUGAAAUUACCGUGCGCUCAUGCCAUGGCAGCCUUGAGAUUGAAGUAUGGAAAUGGAUAUGGUUCAAGCAUCUACAAGUAUUCUUUACCGAUGUAUAAAGUUCAGUCUAACAUCCUUGCAUUUGCUGAAACUAUCAAUGUAGUCCCUCCAGAGUCUGAAUGGUUUGUGCCCGAGGAGUAUACAAAGAUGUACAUUGCUCCACCUCCUUAUGAGCCCAAACUUAGAAGGAAGAGAAUAAAGCGUAUCCUUGGCAUCACGGAAUCUUUUAAUCCCAGAGGACGUGAAGAUGGUGGUUGCGACUAUUUCAAGUUUAUUGAACCCCAUCCCGAUAGAGUAGCAAAGAAAUCUCAAAAGAGCCCAGGAGGAUCUAACUCAGCACAAUCUAGAUUUAUACCCAAGUUUGAAAUGCAACAAAGGCUCAGCGAAGCUGAAGAACAGAGGGAUCACUUGAUAGUUCAGCUGAGAGACACUGAAAUAGAGAAGGAUGAACUAAAACAGAAGUUGAUGGUUGCUAAAGAACAGAGGGAUCAAUUGUUGUGUGCUUCAUUAGCAAUGUUAUGUUUGUUAUUUGGAAAUGUGUAA